AUGGCGGAAGGAGAUGGCGCUCGUCCCGGCCCUUCCAAUCCUCCAAAACUUUCCUCCCGCCUCUAUCCCCAAUUCCAAUUCGAUUGCCGCGUCUUCCACCUCAACUGUCUCUCCCCCCACUUCAACUCUAUCAACCCUUCUUCCCUAGCCUCAUCCAAACUUCCCGGUACGCCUCGGACAACAUACACUCUGCCUCGUCAUUUCCGCGUGAUCGCCACGCGAAGUCCUUCCUCCACUGUCAGAAUCGACAUGUUUGAUGCUAGGUGGGGGCGCCCGCGCGCCUGA